GGAUGGGGAAGGAAGAUCUCCGAUCCUCUCCUCCCCGAGACGCGGCUUUCCCGCUGAAACUAGCCCCUCCCCACCUUCCCAGAAAGAGAGCUAGGAGGGGGGCAGAACACCGAGGACUGCCUCGAGUCAUUCCUGGCUCAGCCCGAGGUUACCCGUUUGAGGUCUUCCCAAGGCUCUACCAAAGACUGACGUCUCCGCGCGGGGGCUGGGGGCACUCUCCAAUUUGGAGGGCAGCAGAGGGGAGGGAUCCCCUAAAUUGUUAGAGCUAGGUCUCCGGAUUGUUUGCCUGCUCAGAGUACAGGGUCCUGCCCAACGUAGGGAAGGUGGGGGCGGGGCAGGCCCGGGGGUCCUUCCUGGCGUCGGAAUGAAGGCUCGAAGGCUGGAGGGCUGGAAGCUGAGGGGUCUGCGGCGCAGCGGGGCCUAGGAAAAGUGUGUGUGCGUGUUUGGGGGCCGUGUUUGGAGAAAGACCCGAGUCUGGAUCUCCCUGACACGGCGGGGAUGGAGAAUGCACCUGUCCGCCCUUGGAAGGCCUCCCAACCCUACUGCCCCUCAAGAAUGGCCCCUCUUGCUCGCCCUGUCCUAGACUCUGCUCUCCCCUCUCCCCCCGAUCCUGCUGGGGGAGCCCUCCAAGAAGGCAAGCAGCCUGUAAUGAUUAACUCCACAGACACAAUCUAGCAUUCUUCCCAAAUUAAACUUUAAGAAAGUUUACCCCCCCUUUUCCCAUUGGGCGUUUUUUCCAGAGUGAGGGAGUGGGCGGGGCCUCGGGGUCCUGGGCCCUCCCCCCAACUCCGGGUCACCUAGGGGUUUCCCGCCUCCUCACCUGGGCCCUGCACCCUCAGAACUCCCCCGAAGGUUGAGCCUUCCACUCCCCCCCCCCCACAAUAAAUCCCGAUGGGGGGCGGGGCGUGGAGUGCUGGGCCGGACCCGGGCCUUCUCGCCACGCGCUGGUCCCCCGCCAAGGCCUCGGCCCUGUCGGCCCCUCCCCCUCCCCGGCUUAGCGACGGAGGUGGCCUUGUUUUCUACGGGCCCUGCCACCCGCCCUCGGGGCCAGCCAGGUGGGGCAAGAUUCAGGAAGUAAACAAGGAGGCAGGAGGCUGGGAGGGCGGGAAGGAGGGUGGGGCCCGAGCCGCGGGGCAGGGGAGGCCGUUGGGGAAGCGUCGGCUUGCACUUGUAGUGUUGAGGGGACUGAUAGAUUUUGGGGGUCGGUUUCUUCAACAGAAGCUUUCCCUAGGGCCCCCGUUUGAAAGGUUCAGGUCUCUUGGGAGGGUGUUCCCCGGGCCCCACAGGUAGGACCCGUUCUCCUCCCAUCCCAUCUAUUUGGAUCUAACCGCCCCACUCUUCUCUUGCCUUAGAAGGGUCUGGAGGUCAAGGUGGAGGGAUCGAAAGGCCAAACCCAAGUCUUCAGUGGCCCUCCAGCCGUCCGAGGCCGGACUCUAUGUUAUGGAGCUGGGUCUGUCUCCACCUCAUCUCAGCAGCUCCCCAGAAGACCUGUACUUGGCCCCUGGGACCCCUCCUGGGACUCCCCCGCCUCCCGAUGCCCCUCUGCCUGGGGAGGUGAAGAGGUCCCAGCCUCUGCCCAUUCCGACCAGCAGGAAUCUUCUUCGAGAGGAGGAGCUGCGGGCAACCUCUCUACCCUCCAUCCCCAACCCCUUCCCUGAGCUCUGCAGUCCUCCUUCACAGACCCCCAUUCUUGGGGGGUCCUCCAGUGCAAGAGGGCUGCUCCCUCGAGACACCAGCUGCCCCCAUGUAGUGAAGGUGUACAGUGAAGAUGGGGCCUGCCGGUCUGUGGAGGUGGCGGCGGGCGCUACGGCUCGCUACGUGUGUGAAAUGCUGGUGCAGCGAGCUCAUGCCCUGAGUGAUGAAAGCUGGGGGCUGGUGGAGUGCCACCCCCAUCUAGCACUGGAGCGGGGCUUGGAGGACCAUGAGUCCGUGGUAGAAGUGCAGGCUGUCUGGCCCAUUGGUGGAGACAGCCGCUUUGUCUUCCGGAAGAACUUCGCCAAGUAUGAACUGUUCAAGAGCUCUCCACACUCCCUGUUCCCAGAAAAGAUGGUCUCCAGCUGUGUGGACACACCGACAGGCAUAUCCCACGAAGACCUCAUCCAGAACUUCCUGAAUGCAGGCAGCUUCCCAGAGAUCCAGGGCUUUCUGCAGCUACGGGGGUCCGGACGGAAGCUUUGGAAACGCUUCUUCUGCUUCCUGCGCCGCUCUGGCCUCUAUUACUCCACCAAGGGCACCUCCAAGGAUCCAAGGCACCUGCAGUAUGUAGCAGACGUGAACGAGUCCAACGUGUAUGUGGUGACCCAGGGCCGCAAGCUGUAUGGGAUGCCCACCGACUUUGGCUUCUGUAUCAAGCCGAACAAGCUUCGAAAUGGCCACAAGGGGCUUCGGGUCUUCUGCAGCGAGGAUGAGCAAAGCCGCAGCUGCUGGUUAGCAGCUUUCCGCCUCUUCAAGUAUGGGGCGCAGCUGUAUAAGAAUUAUCAGCAGGCACAGUCUCGCCACCUGCGUCCAUCCUGUGUGGGUUCUCCACCUUUGAGGAGUGUCUCUGAUAACACCCUGGUGGCCAUGGACUUCUCUGGCCAUGCUGGGCGUGUCAUCGAGAACCCCCGGGAAGCUCUGAGUGCAGCCCUGGAGGAGGCCCAGGCCUGGAGGAAGAACCACCGUCUCAGCCUGCCCACCCCAGGCUCAGGCACGAGCCUCAGUGCAGCCAUCCACCGCACCCAACCCUGGUUCCACGGACGCAUUUCCCGAGAGGAGAGCCAGCGGCUCAUCGGGCAGCAGGGCCUGGUAGACGGCCUGUUCCUGGUCCGAGAGAGUCAGCGCAACCCACAGGGCUUUGUCCUCUCCUUGUGCCACCUGCAGAAGGUCAAACAUUAUCUUAUCCUCCCGAGCGAGGAGGAGGGCCGCCUCUAUUUCAGCAUGGACGACGGCCAGACUCGCUUCACCGACCUGCUGCAGCUCGUGGAGUUCCACCAGCUGAACCGUGGCAUCCUGCCCUGCUUCCUGCGUCACUGCUGUACUCGCGUGGCCCUCUGACGGCCGCUCCCAGCGUGGCCCCGGAGGUGCAGAAGCUCGCCGAGCAUCGGAGCGCACCCCUGCUCCAGAGAGAGUUUCUGCUUUGCUCCCUUGCCUCCCCCUCAGGCAGAAAGAUUCCCCACCCCCCACCUCUUUCCUCAAGAAAAGGCACUGGGGGUGGCCCUCCCCUCCGUGGAGCUCCUGGGCACUGCCCUGCGGCAGGGCAUUGUGGGAGAAAUGGGGGCUGCCCAGGUGGUCUGAUGCCCCACACUUUGUACAGACUGAGAGGCCAGUUGAUCUGCUCUGUUUUAUACGAGUGACA